AUGGUACUGAUUACGAAUGCCUCAGCGGAACAUAAACUCGUACCAGGUUUUGUUUAUCAACUCAGUGGUAAAUUACUACUCCUGAAUACGCCUGCACCCCCGAUGGUGAACUACUUCCACGAGAUGGUUAGUCGAGUAUACUCUGAAGUGAACAAGCUAGAGCAAGGAGAAGAGAAAGUCUUCACCUUGGGCAAAGGUUUAGUAGUCACGGUGAUGAAACCUAAUCCAGCAGCCGAGGAGGAUCUCCAACCAUCUAGGAAGCAAGACCUAAUUAUUCUGGUUAAUCACAGCGAUUGGGAUCCUACAGUUGAGUUCCUAAAUAAGUUUUAA